AUGGCGUCUAGUAAGAGUGGUGUUGAGCAAGUCACUGGAGACGCGACGGCUGUUCAACCGCAGCAAGGAGAGAAAUCGACAGCGUCGUCAAUGUCCAUUGCCACCACCGAGCCCGUGGAAAUCAUAGACAUAACAGUUGAUUCAGAUGUCGAUGAAAAUACUAAAAAUACACCAACAACUUCGGACAGAUUUCCUAAGUAUGUGGAUUGUCAGGACACAUUGGUGGAACUGUCAUUUGUUAGAUGGUUAGCUGGUUUUCGGUUGGAAUGCCGUAAGAUUUCGUCCCUUGUUAAUACAGAACUUUAUUUUGGGUUAUUCAAUUUGUUUUGUCAGAAUAUGGAACAAGAAAAUCAUGAUUGCAAAAAUAAAAUUAAUAAAUCAGGUCUUGUGAAAAAUUAUCUAGAACAAACUAUGUGGUUUUUUCGAGGAUACUAUAAAACCAUAAAAAAAGAUAAAAGAGAUACUUUGGAUGUUAUAUAUUAUGACGGAAUGAGUUCAAUGGUGGCCCAUUACAUAGAUUUAGAACUAAUGGCAAAUCAACGUUUUAAAGAAAACCCGUCUCACAUAAAAAUUUCAAAUAAAAUAAAUACAAUGUUAUUUGUUUUUUUAGAUCAGAAACUUGAUUACAUGUUUGAUUCAAUAUUUAAAUUAUACUAUUUAUUUUUUAGUCAAGUUAUUACUAAUAUAGAAUCAAUAAUGCAUCCAGUUUGUAAAAAGUUACUAAUUGAACAUCCAAUGCCCAAAAAAAUUAAUUUUCUAUCUUACAUGAGAUAUAUUUUAUGUUUUAAACUGUGGAAAAGAAUAAUUAACUCCUCAUCGGCUAUGGAUGAUUCUGUUAAGAGCAAAGAACUGAAAAUUUUAACAUCACGUUUAAGUCGUUUGAAUGUUCCAAAUGAUUUUAUGAGUCAACAUGAGAAAUAUAAUUGGCCUAACUGGCCUAACUGCCAUAAAUUGACAAUGCAUUCAACUGAAAAGCAAUAUUCAUUACAGAGAGAUUUAAAAAAUGUUAGUUUAUUUUUAUAUGAUGAAAAUUUGCCACUCAAGAAGUGUUACAAGGAUAUAUUGGAUGCUGGUCAAAGGAAAGAUAUUCCAAUACUAUUGAAACCAAUUAUAGAACAGUGUAAAAUAUUACGACCAGAUAUAUUUGCGAUUUCGAGAAAAGAACUUUUGAAAAAUUGGCUUUUAGGGCCAGUGCAAAAACCUUGGCUGUAG